GUCUUGUUUAGAUUUCCUGUGCUUCUCUUUCUUUACAUUGGAGAUCGGUAUUGUUCGGAAGCUAGCUCUAAAUUAUGGACAGGAUAAGUCAGUUGCAUGAUGAGCUUCUACUGAAAAUAUUGGCAAUGCUUCCUACCAUGAAAGAUAUUGUGGACACUAUGCUUUUGUCAAAACGAUGGCAGUUUCUUUGGAUGAUGGUUCCAAGACUCGUAUACAAUGAUAACUAUAAGAACCCCAAGUAUGGAAGCUUUUCUCUGUUUGUAGACAGAUCUUUCUUUAAGCACGAUGCUCCAGUUAUAGAAGCUUUGCGUUUCAAACUUGGUAGUAUUUGUGGUAGUGAAGAUAUUCAAGCGUGGAUGAGAUCUGCUGAUAAACGUUGUGUGCGUGAGCUGAUUAUCCAGAUUGAUACUUUUACUUAUAAACAUCCAGUCUUACUUCCUUGGAGCUUGUUUAGUGGGGGAUGUAGAAUGCUUGUGACCUUAAAUAUAAGCAAGGCAAUUCUUGUGGAUGAUCUUGAUUCACCAAUUUCUUUCCCAUCCCUCAAAACUCUGAGUCUUAAAUCCAUCAAGUAUCCAUGUGGUGAGUUUGUCAAGAAGCUUUUAUCCAACUGUCAUGUCCUUGAAGACUUGGUUGUGGAGCAAUGUCAAGCUGACAAUGUUAACAUUUUCACUGUUAUCGUGCCUUCUCUAAAGAGUUUAGUCUUGAAAACAUUAGAUGAAAGACUUGCAAACGAUACUCAAGGGUUUGUGAUAGAUGCUCCUUCUUUGGAAAAAAUCGAUGUUUUCCAUUCGAGUGGGUUUUGUAUCUUUGAGAAUGAUAUGACUAAGGUUGUGGAUGCAAAUCUUGUCGUUGAUUCUUGGAAAUUAUGGAAGAAGUUGGGUUCUAUUGCUUCGUUCAAGCGUCUUUAUCUGUGCCUACCAUCCUCAAAGGAUGUGUAUCCUGCCGGUAGUGUCUUCACCAGUCUUGUAUAUUUGAAGAUAUGCACAUGUGAGACAGAAUGGGUGAAUCUACUCAUGCGUGUGCUCAGAGAUUCUCCUAAUUUACGUGCUCUCAGGCUUCAACAGUGCCAUAUCCUUCGAUCUAAAAAGCCACGCCCAUGCUGGAACCCGUCCUGGAAUGAACCGAGUUCAGUUCCUGAAUGUUUUUUAUCAAGUCUUGAAACUUUUGAAUGGGUAAAUUAUGAAGGAGCAGAAGAAGAGAAGGAAGCAGUAGCGUUUGUUUUUAGAAGCGCAAAGUGUUUAAAGAAAGCAACUAUUAAUAUCUGCAGUAAAACAAGUGACUUUGACAAGAAACUCGAGGUGAUCAAGGAGUUGUUCUCGUCAACAAGGCGUUCACCAGCCUGUCAGCUUGAGUUACGCUAAAGUUAUGAGUGAGAAUCAAGUAACAUCUUACUGGUUAGUUUCCAGAUCUGAAUCUUAGACAAGAUAGUACAACUUGUUUUGUUUUUAUUUGCUACAUUUAUAGCUCAAUGAAUUCGAAACUGUUUGGUCUAGUUAUCUUCUGCGGCAAA